AUGGAUGAUUAUUUUAACGUUCAGGAAGAAUUCAACCAGGAAGACCCUGAUCAUGAAUAUCUUAACAAUUUUAACGAUGAUGAGUGGGAGGAUAUGAACCCUAAUGAUGAUAAUUCUGCGCCUGUUG